UCUCGAGAAUUUCGGAUAUGCGAAACUCUACAUCUAUUAGUAAAAUUGUCCCUGAAAAUGAGAACAUGACCUAAAAAACCACACGUAAAAAUGGCACAUUGGAUGAAAAGGGCAGGCUCUAUACUUCCCUUUUGGAAAAGAACAAUUCCGCCAUUCCCUGUCUACUGGAAAGGAGAUCCGAAGAACAGAGUAUUUCUACCUACCUUUUGGAUGAAAUUAGUAAAACCAGACCGUGAAAUGCCCCCAGACUAUUUGCAAUUUAUAGUACAUAAACAAAUGAGCACACAUGAUGUGAAAAAUUACUUGGAAAAGAUAUAUGAGGUACCAGUUCUUAGGGUCAGAACAGAAAUAAGAAGAGGUAUACCAUUUACUAAGGAAAUGUGGCUUAAAUAUGUUCGGAAUCCAGGUUAUCCAAUUCAUCAGCGGUUUCCACGCGAUGCUGAGCGAGAAAUGUCAGGGGUUAUCAACUUUACAGAUGAAUUUAAAGUAGCCUACGUGCAAGUGCCUGAGGAAGUGAAAUUUACUUGGCCAGAUAUUUUUAAAGAAAAUAAACCACUUAUGGAAAAGGCUUUGGAAGAAAGGAAGAAAUUUUCAAAAGAACAAAAGCGUUUGGAAAAAUCCAAAGGCAGUAAAGACUUGCCAGCAUGGUUUAGGUGAAAUCUGUUCUGUCAACAACUGAUGAAGAACAGUCAAUACUCAUCUGAUUUUCAAGACCAAAAGUUCUCAGUACAUUGGUAUGGAAAUAAUGGGAAAUUUAACAUUUUAAGGGCCCACUUGAUAUGACAUCUGGUUUAAUGUAGAAGAAAAAA